GCUCUCUCGUUCAUCCUCUAUCACUGCUGACAGGACGUAUCGCUCUGCGCUGCGAAUAUAAAAUAUACGAGUACGGUCGACGUAACCCCAGAUCAGGGUGGUAGGCUAUUGCCUUCUACCGUUCCCUCAAACCAUCAUGGAAAUCGGUCUGGCAACGUUCCGCAUGUUUUGGGGGUCAAUGUUUCGAUUUCCAUUCAUGAUCACUCUCUUGGAUGUCUGCCGCUAUCUCCUUCUUUCAGAACAUAUGGACUCAAUAGUUGGGAAAAGACGGGGUUAGCGCCUUACCAAGAAUACAUAAUCAAAGGCGGAAAACCCUCAUUAUGCAACAGAAUGAAAUAGCAUCUUGAUAAGUUGAGAAGGAGGGCAAAAGUUCCGACAGCGUUUCAUUCACAAAUCUAUGACUUCAUCAACCUUACCAGUCUCACAUAUCCGACGCAUCGUCAAACAGUAACGUUCGAGUUCAACGUUGAGCGGUUCUGGAGUCAGGCAUCUGGCAUCAUUUUUCUUGGAGGAUAAGCCUCGCCGCUUCCAGACACCGUUCUUCAUACAUCGUUGCUAUGGACCACAGGCGAGAUAGGAAUGAGGCCUGCCUACGUCAUUCUAUUCGUACAGACAUGAAUCGUGUACAGUGACAAGGUAGUUCCAGGUGCGGGUUUGAGGUUUAACUUAGCUCUGUCGACGAAUGUACCUGUCAGGCCUGGUUUUUUUUUCCCUCUCUCCCUAUAGCGUGGGCUGAAUCCGCUCUUCGUUUAGGUGAUCAAUGAUACCAUAUGGAUACAGGAACGCAAGACCUUUUACCUCUGGUAGAAGUCUGCACUGUACUUGACCAUCAUCAAGCCAUGCACGCCUCCGCAGAAUUUCGUCCAGGUUCUCCAGAAUGCGAUUCAUCCAGACUCCAGAUGUGCCCUUCUCCGGAGGUUCUUUAGCAUGCAGAACUCCACGAUACUCUUGGAAAGGAUGAAGAGGAGCGCUAUUUCUGGUUUAAUACUCCCUUUAGUUUCGAGGGCGCCCGUCAACCUCUACGUAUAGCUGUCGACAGGACACAUCUGGCCUCGAGGGCCUCCUCCAGUUUCGAAAUCGGCGGAUAUCUCAAUGAUCCAGUUGGGGGGAAUGAGAUCGGUUUGGAGAAGCGCUUAUUAGUUCCAGCUGUCAUUCUCCGGCAAGAAGUUCUGAUCAAGUUCUCUGCGACGGCGAAACAAAUAAUCUCCCAGAUUCUUCUGGCCCAGAUGAGGUUGGGGUUGGGGGGGUGAGCAGAUUUGUCGAACAAUAAACCCACUCCACCGGAGGUCCUGGCGUCACGGAGGCAAGUCCAGUAUAAUCACGUGUCUGUGGCUUUUAAGUCGUUGCGCUCAAGCGGGUUCAUUUAAAACCCUUCCACCUCGACUUGCAUCUUCUUGCAGGUUCUUUCGGCCACUCUUCGGUUUUCAAGGUUUCUCUUGAAGUCUUUUCUACUCUAUACCUCUCCUCUACACUCGUACAUCCUAUCCGAACCUCUAACUUGUUUUCGACCUCUACUCAUCUUAACCACCUAUCGUCGUCGCUCGCGAAACAUGCCACGAACUCGUCGAUCCAGAGCCACCCGCAACCACUCAGCAACCAAUGGUCCACCCAGAAACGUCGAUGCUAACGGCCAACGCAUCCCAAGACCCCCAAACGCCUUCAUGAUCUUCCGAACAGAGAGAGCAUCCGUGGGAAAGGAUAUCAAUGAUGAGCUCAAUCGAAAAGCUCGGGAAAUGGGCUAUGAUGGUCACGGUUACAAUAACAACAAAAUCGUCGGUGACACGUCAAAAGUCCUGGGAGCGGUAUGGCGAUCAAUGAGUGAUGACGAAAAAAACAUUUACUUCGUUAUGCAAGAGGAGAAGAAUAGAGAACAUAGACUCAAGUACCCGCACUACCUUUUCCAGCCGGUUAGAAGUGGAAAGAAGGCUGCAAGGGCCAAAAGGACAGCAACCAAGACUCGUCGAACGGCAGCCAAGAGGAACGUUAAAACUGGUGCCACAGCCACAACCUCGGCCACGGUGGCUUCCGCUGAAUCAGAGGACGAUUUCGGGUCCUCAGCGCCAACGGCAUCCCCCAUCGUCAACUCUCCUGCCCCAGUAACGCCGUCCCUUGCUUUACAAAUCUCAAAUCCUACCUCAGACAUUCGUGCUCAGGACGCGACUGCUGACGUACCUGUACCCCAUUCGGAGUCUCAGGUCACUUACACUCCACUUCACCUCUCACUCCCUCCACUCUCGAUCCCGGACGGUCAUUAUGAGCUUUCUUGUACUUCAACCACGGCCCCGUCUGUUUCGCCGAUCGCUCCCCACAGGUAUCAGUGCCUUCCUUGGGGGCUCCCGCCACAAGACGUCUUCUGUGGUAGUCUUCAAGAUGGUGGUCAGCCGAUGGUCAUGUAUCAGAAUCCUAAUGUCUUCUACCCCACGGAUGGUUUAUAUCAGCAAGGCGAAGGAUACUUGACUGGCUCUCAUCUAAUGAACGACCAAUAUCAGCCUUCCCUACAAGACAACGAACUGUCAAGUCUGAUCGAUCAACCCGCUCACUACUACCCAACCAGUGACCCAGUUCCAGUUGCCGGACCCUCAAGUCUCGUGGAAGAACUGUACGGCGACGGGGUUAUUCCUAAUGAUUAUGAUCUGGCUGUUAAUGCUGGUUCAUCUUGGAACACCGAAGCUCCCAUACCUGAGUCAGCCGAAGUCGACCUCUCCUUCGCUGAUGUCAGUCAAUUGCCCCCAGGGAUGUACCAGGAGUGGAUGUCGGUGGCGCCCUCCGAGUAUUCUGGCGUUAGCUUCGAGUAGGGUUACAUCUCACUCCAAUUCAUCGCGGCAAGUCUUUCGGGGCUUAACGACCUUCACGGCUUAUUCUUGUUCUCCUUGCUUGCUUUUCGAUCUUGCUAUCCAGCUCUUCUUCGCGCUUGACGUAUUCAUCGACAUCGCCACUCUUAUUUGUGUCGUCUCUGCGCUUCUCUUACCAACACAUUGAUUACUUGACCUUGCUUUCUUGUAACCACCCUUUACGAUACUUCUUGAAUACUUCGUUGUUCUGUUCUUUUUUGGAUUCGAAUCUAUAACCGAUGAUACUUCUCUACCUGACCCCUACUUACCUACUUACGUAUCGAAGGACACUCUGACUUUAUCAUUUGAAUUGUAAAACGAUUACCGGU